AUGUCGCUGCUGCUGCUGCUGCUCCAGCGGCCCGAGGCUACGGCGGCGUCGAGCCAGAGCGAGACACAGACGACGACGACGACAACGAGCGACAACGUCGGCGGCGGCGAAUCGUGCGGGGGCCACCUCACGGCUCGACGCGGAGUCCUGUCGACGCCCAACUUCCCGGGCCAGUUCUCGACGCCGAUCCAGUGCCGCUGGCUGCUCGACGCCUCGGACCUGGCCGACCGGCCCAACGCCUCGAUCGUCGUCUACCUCACGCAGCUCUACGCCUUUCGGGGCCUGCGCUUCCACGAGUACGCCUACUACGAGAACGAGGCGACCAACUUCGGGGGCGCGCUGCUGCGCGAGAUCGACGAGGCCGGCGUCUUCGAGAUCGGCACGGUGCGCACCUACCGGCCCUACCUCCUCGUGGACUUUCGCCUCGAGCGGCUUGAGGGCAAUCACGUGCGGGUCCUCGAUCGACUGCUCGACGUCUACGGCUUCAAUCUCACCUACGAGAUGACCGACGACAUAGCGCCCAAGGAGUCCUGCACGCUCAGCAAUUGCUCCUUCACGGGCAACUGCUUUCUGGCCUCCGACAGAGCGACGUUUUACUGUGAUUGCUUCGAGGGCUUCGGGGGCGAGCACUGCAGCCACGGACCACUUUGCGUUACUGAACGCGGAAAUCCAAUAUGCCAGAAUGGCGGCACUUGCAGACACGUAGGAGCAGCUGCAGUUCGGUGCUCGUGCCCACCGCAGUUCAGUGGAGACUUUUGCGAGAUAUCAUCAGCCGUCGCUGGCAAUGAAGGUAAAGGCUGCAACUCGGCGGCAAACUGCAUCUACCAGUGCCCAAUCUCGAGGGAUCAAGCUCAGCAGCAGCCGUGCCAGUGCAAAGAGCCGAGCCACGUCGACACAGAUCGCACGAGAUUCGAGUGUCGCAUCAAAUUAACGAAUGUCAGCCACCCCAGAGGCGUCGAUUUCGUCGAGCGCAACAACGUCAGUCUUGAAGCCCAACUCACCAAACAGUUGAGCAAGUACCUGGAGGAAUUUGACAUAGCGACUUUGAGAGACCUGCAAAUUUCCAGUAUCACAGCCGACUUGGAAGUAAAUUUCUAUUUAACGGGAGAGCUUCGAGACGAAGAGAAGAUACAAGGAGCGCUAAAGCAGCUGGUUCAGCGACGUCGACUCGGCAGCUUAUUUCUGGAGCCAACGCACUUGGCCUUGCAGCAAAAGUCGGCCCUCAGACUGCAGAGCCUGAGGAUCAAUCAAGUCAAUGAGAGACAAGUGCAACUUGGGGAUCAAUUUAGUUUAUCGUGCGUAGCCGUAGGUAGUUCAGAUUUGAAAUUCUUUUGGUACAAAGAUGACAUGCUGAUAAAUAUGAGUAAGGCAACUCGGGAAAUCUGGUACCGACAUCUGCCUAAUGACGGUUCAGACUACCACACAUCCAUUCUCACGGUGAAUAAAGCUGUACUACUUGACAAAGGCCUUUAUACGUGCCAGGUCAUCGAUCGCACUGUCCAACAAUGCAAAAGUAUUCACAUAGAUAUUAAGGACGAACCGAAUGUCAAGGUCCUACCGAUGAGCAGCACCAUUGAAAAGGGCAGCACGAUCCGAUUGAUGUGCAUGACGCCGAAUAUGCAGAACGUCGGUAUAGGAUUCGGCUGGUCGAAGAACCGGGCGCUGCUGCGCCUCGAGCCAGGUCAGGAAGUCUGGGAGGACCUUUACCCGGCGGGCAGUUUGCUGACACUGAGUAACGCCCGACACACGGCCGUUUACUCGUGCAACGUGGCGCACCGUUCCGCCUCGGUACGCGUCGACGCGGUCAACAGCAGCCUCGUGCCCCUUUGCCCGGCCGAGCGGCUCUGGAAUCGGGAUUGGCCCUCGGCCGCCCCCGGCUCCAAGGCCAUACUCUCCUGUCCCCUUGGCUUCGUGGGUCGACACGCCACGCGGCUCUGCUCCAUGCGCAGCUCCAAUCUGUCCGAGUGGGACGUGCCCAACUUCGAGGCCUGCUUCUACGAGCCCCUCGUCCAGCCCUACAAUCAAUUUCGUAGCUUGACGCUCGGAUACGAGAGUACAAAUGGAUCGUCGACGAUACAGGCUAUUUGGGACGUGCUUCAAUAUCGUCGUUCACCUCUCUAUCCCGGCGAAGGUGAUCGAAUAAUCAGUUUACUUCAAGAAGUCGAACACUAUCAGUACAACAUCGACGAGCUGUCUGAUCUUAAAAAUUCAGCCGAGGCUACUUUAAGGAUUCUCGAUAAAAUUUUGAAUAACGCAUACUCCAUCGUUAGUAAGCAGAAAUUAGUAAUGUUGAAUCAGAUAGUUUUUCAUACGUUGGAAUAUUGGAGUGAAAAUAUCAGAGAAAGUGGGCAAUAUUUGUCACUUGGUGAGCUGUUCGUUCAAGUUUUACCCAUGAAAGUAUACACAAAUUCAGUCAUUAUGUACAGUAUGAAAAUUCCUCGAAAUGAGCAAGAGAGAUAUCACACUUGGAACAACGACCGAGUGACGAUUCGUUUAUACCACAAUAAUCAGAAAAUUAGCAACAAUACUGUUGCCGGAAUGGUGGCAGUAUAUCGUAAUUUGAUACAAUUUUUUCCUAGUACAUAUGUUACAGAACUUAAGGAUGGCACAGAUCUUGAAUACAGGUUAAGCUCUCGGGUUGUCAGUGUAUCAAUAUCGCAUCGAAAUUUGUCUCGGAAAGAUCGCUUCGAAAUCGAUCUCGAGUUUGGAGAAAUUCGCCAUAAUGUUAGUGAUGCACAAUUCUGGAAUAUGAGCUGUGCCGCUCUAGGUCCAGGAGGUGAUUGGAAUCUUGACGCGUGCAAGCUUGUCACGGAUUCCUUUGAAAAUUCUGGAUGCUGCAGAUGUAUUUGUUUCAGUCCUGGCACUUUUGCAACAUUCGUCACCAUGAGAUCCGAUAAGAUCAACAUUUAA